GUGUCAUUGUCAUCUGAUUUGUACUGUCAUCAUGUCAAAUUGAUUAACCACAUGGUUGUUUAAAGUGUGUUUUAUAUGAUUUUAUAUCAGAGUCUAUUAUAAUUUUCUUUAAAAAGUUGUAUCAUUAGUGAACUUCUUAAAUUUAUCAUGUCGGACGUACCAGAUCUUAGUAGUGAUGAAGAUCAAUAUGACGAAGAGGAGUGGCAAGAAAUGGAUACAAGCAAUUCUUCAAUUACUUGUUUGUUUUGCACAACUGCACUGCCAACAAUUGAAGAAGGUAUCUUACAUUGUGAGAAAACCCAUAAUUUUAACUUAAGUGCUCUUAAAUCUAAAUACCACAUGGAUUGCUAUUCAUAUAUUAAGUUGAUUAAUUACAUUAAAACACAUAAACCAAAAUCUGAAGACAUAAUGGGUUCUGCAACGGCUCUAUGGAAUGAUGAUAAAUAUUUGAAACCUGUUGAUAAUGAUGAAUGGUUGAUGUACGACUUUGAUUCAUUGGCAGAAAAUAUCAGUUCACCAAAAUCCUAUCAUGCUAAUGUAGAGAAUGGCUUAGUUACAUUAUCACAAGCUCAUUUUAUUGAACUUCAAAGGACGAUACAAACGCUUUCGGAACAACUAAAAGAGUCACAGACACAUCUGCAAAUGGCAAGAGAAGAUAUGAGUAAGAUGCAAAGUUCAAUGAAAACAAUUGUUGAAGGUAAUACAAAUUCUAUUGGUAAUGAAAAUGUAACAGUUGAUUGUGUCUCCAAAGUACCAUUAGAAUGUGAUGAAGGAUACUUCAGUAGUUAUGCACAUUUCGGUAUUCAUUAUGACAUGCUCUCUGACAAGGUACGCACUGAAAGUUAUAAAAAUGCAAUAUUAUUUAACAAAGAAACAUUUAAAAAUAAGACUGUGUUGGAUUUAGGGUGUGGGACAGGCAUUUUAUCAAUGUUCUGUGCCACUGCUGGGUCUAAGAAAGUGUAUGCAUUAGACCAAUCCGAAAUAAUCUACCAUGCUAUGGAUAUUAUUACGGAAAACAAUUUUUCAAAUGAAAUUAAAACUAUAAAAGGCCGUCUAGAAGAUACAAAGUUGGAGGAAAAAGUUGACAUAAUUGUGUCUGAGUGGAUGGGAUAUUUCCUGCUUUUUGAAGGGAUGUUAGAUAGUGUUAUAUAUGCUAGAGAUAAUUAUCUCAACCCUGGAGGUAUAUUGUUACCAAAUCAAUGCAACAUAAGUUUAGUUGCAAAUGGAGAUAUUGACACACAUAAAAAGUUAAUCAAUUUCUGGUCUGAUGUAUAUGGCUAUAAAAUGAAUUGUAUGAAAUCCGAAGUGGUUAGAGAGGCGAGUGUUGAAGUUGUGGAUUCGAAAAAUGUUAUUUCUGAACCGUGUAUUGUGAAAAACAUUGAUAUAAAUACUUGUAACAUAAAAGUAGUAGACUUUACAUCACCAUUUGAACUUUGUAUAACACGUGAUGGUUUUAUGACAUCUCUAAUAGGUUAUUUUGAUACAUUCUUUAACUUACCAACAUCGGUAAGCUUUUCAACAGGCCCUCAUGUUACACCAACUCAUUGGAAACAAACCUUGUUUUAUUUUAAGGAUUGUAAAGAAGUGAAAAAAGGUGAUAUAAUUAAAGGCACAAUAACAUGUAGUCGUUUAAAAACAGAUGUAAGAGGACUUCUUGUGCAAAUUGAUAUAUUUGGUAAAACUCACAAGUAUAUUUUAAGUUAAGCCGUUGGAAAUAGAUGUUAACUUCAAGCUAUGGUGUCAAUGCAUUUAUAAAUGUCACUUUCAAUAUUUUGACAUGUAUGUAUUAUGAUGAAAACCAGUAGUUUUUUUUACAUAUAACUCUUGUACUAUAGUCAUCUGACCAUAAUUUUCUGUAAAAUAGACAAUGUUUAUUUUUUUACAUUACUAUUCAGUUUCAGUCAGAUUAUAUCUUUGGAAACCAGCACAACACAACCUUGAUAUAUGUAGGUAUGAAUGUUAUAUUUUGAUAGCUUUUUUGCAAUAGCUUUGUAAUAUAAUAGGUAUACCUUGUCCAAUUUAAGUUAAUUAGUUUGACAAUUCAGUAGGGAUAGUUUUGCCGAAGUUGGUUAUGAAUCUUUUCCAUUUUUUGGUUGUUCUCACAGAACUUGGAAUAGAUAAUUUUUCAUAGGCACUUGUUUUUUUAACUACAAUGUAAAUAAAAUUGUUUCUUUCUAUUACUCAAAAUUAAACAAAGAAUAAAACUUUAACUGAGGGUUUCUAAGAUUUAAAGCAUAUUGUUAUCUCAGUCUUAUCAAAGAUGACAUUGUGACAGUAUGUUUUAUAUUGAGAUUUUGAUCUCAGAAUCCAACGGUAAAUAAAAAAUCAAGGAGUUGACAAAGUUUAAUGAUAUAUAGAAAAUAAGUUGCUAAUGUUGUUUGAUACGCAUAAAUUAUUAGUUUUUCAAAAGCAAUAAUUACUCUUAGGUAUAAAAAGCUGUUUAAAUGUAUAUUUUAAAUCGCAAAACAAAAAGAAUGUUACAGGAUGUA